AUGUCAUCCGAACUGACAAUACAUCGGACCACCGAUUUUUGCCUUAUUAGUAAAGAUGAGAUGACACGUCGCCAAGAGCCGUUGAGAGAGGGGGAAAAGUUCGGUGUGUCCCUCCUCAUCAGCCUCCUCCUCGGCCUUCUCCUCUUCGGAAGCUCCAGCUCCGUCCUUUCCGUUGGUGUCGAGGAACUUGGUGAAUCCUUCGAUGGUACGGUCUCCGGUGUAGUCGAUGACCUUGUUGGAUCCAGCUGGGAAGAACUUGAUGGUUGGGAAGGAUUGGAUCUUGACAUCCUCGACCUGAAAAUCAUCCAUCUUGGCAAUAACGAUGCUCUCGUCAUCAGCGUACUUCUCUCCGAGCUUGUCCCAGGUUGGGGCGAGUUGCUUGCAGUGUCCGCACCAUGGAGCGUAGAACUCGACGAGGACGUUCUUGGUGUUGUCACGGGCGACUUGUUCGAAGUUCUUUCCGACAAGAAUCUUGACUGGGUUCUUGUCCCAAUCCUCUGGAACCUCCUCGGACAUAAGGUGUGGCUUGACGGAUCCAUCAAGGUAGUUUUGGGUGAACUUGGAGAUGUUCUCGGUGGUGAUCUCCUCGAAGUCUGGCUUGAACUUGGUCAUGUCCUCCUCAAGAGAGAUAAGACGGAUGGCUGGGAGCUCGUCCUUCUUGAGUCCGAAGAAUUCCAUGAUUCUGGCGUUCUCCUCAACAUCGGUGUUAAUGUAGACGAAGAGGACUUUUCCCUUGAAUUGCUUGGCGGCGUUCUUGAACUCAGUCUCGAGUUUGGCAAAGUCAGAUGA